AUGUCUGUCGAUGACCAGCGGCCAUACAUACGCUAUAAUCGAAAAGAGCUUGAAAAGCUGAAAAAGGAAGAACUCGUUCAGUUGGUGCAAUUACAGCCCGGCAAGUGGCCCAACAAUGUCGAGUGGCCGCCAGCUGGCCCUACCAAGGCAGUCUUGAGAAAGGUACUACUCACCCCACGCUAUGGCUUCGGAAGGCCCGUCGAGGAUGUUGGCGAAAUACCUCACGUCAAGCCAUCCAACGAUUCCGCGCCAUCGCGAGCAGGUUUUGCUGAGGAAGUUAUGCGACGCCAGUCCUCAUCAUCGGUCCUUGAAGGAGGAGAGGAUCGAGGAGCGGGCUGGGAAUCUUCGGAAGGACCACAAGAUGCAGCUCCUCUGACUGAACAGCGCGAACAUGUUGGGGAGCAGAGUACUCGCAUCCCGGAGAAUGAUGGGUCCUUGACGGAGGGGACCUUGAUGGCGGCGACUGACUUGUACGAAUACGAGAGGUCGCCACAAACCAAGUUUUGGAGAGCAACACUCACCCUAGCAGACGAGAUACACGAAGAAGAACAGACCGCAUCCGGUGUCCCAGGGGAUAUCUCCGAGACCGUCAUCUCUAGCGAAGUCCCAGGACGUGCUCAAGACAUUGCACAUCCGGAUGACACUGCGACUGAAUGUCAAAGCCUUGGGCAAUCCAAUGAGACGCUAGAGAAUGAGGCUGUUUCCGAUCAAAGCAUGGUGUUUGCGGACCGGAUGCAUGAAGCUCCUUUGUCGCAAGGCCUAUCAAUGGAUGGGAGUUACUUGAGUGAUGCCAAUUGGGAGGACGAAUUUGGGAAACUGAACUUACAUGACGAAGGCCACCGCAGCGAUGCAUCUAAUCUGAAUGAUACAGAGGUUGUGCAUAUCACAGUGUUCUAUCGUCUCAGCGUUUGCUGA